AUGACUGCCUUCAGCACCGCCGACGCCAGCGGCUCGUUCGUGGCGAGUGUGAUUCUGAAAAAGGCCCGCAAUGAGGUCCAGAUUCGUGUUUUUCCGGGCGAAAACGGCCAGGUAUCGGACGACUUGGUCCAGAGAUUCGAUCUCGAUGCCCUGGCUACCAUUACCAGUGUAGCUUGGUUCAACGAUGUGGUGCAGCAGCCAAAGAAAAAGGGUAAGAAGAGGGCAGCAGAGGCUAACGGGUCUGCGGUGAACACGGCUGCCAAUGGUCCAGAGGGGCUUUUGGCGGUGGUGUUGGAUAACGCUGAGGUGUUGGUGCUUUCACCUUACUCAGAUACGCCAGUGCAUCGCAUCACAGAGCUUAAACAGGUGUUCUUGGUCGCUGGAUCGAGAAACAGCAGCUCUUUCUGGGCCCAUAUCCCGAAUGGCCUUAUAGAAUACAGCAUCUCUUCACAGAGCAUAUCCACAUUCAUCAAAGUCCCAAAGACUUCAUACACAUGCAUCCAGCACCUUGCUGGCUCUAAGGAUACGGUUGCUGUUGGGUCGCUGACCGUGCAGUUUGUCGAUCCAGCUAAAAAGCUGUUUACAGGAAAGAUCCAGGUCGACGGCACUGUCUCUGCCAUCCAGCAGGCUGGCUCAUACUUAUAUGUGGCCUUGGAGGGCUCUAAUACGUUGAGCGUGUACGACGUGAAGUCCCAUGAGCAUAUUGCCGGCCUUGAAUGUGCUGGAGAAAUCAGCAAACUCAAUAAAAUCAGCGAAUCCCAAGUCGCUGCCAUUUCUGCCACUUCUACUGAAAUCUUCACAGGUACUGACCUUACUACCACAUUGCAGGGAGCCGUGGAGAACUUUUUCGCCCAAAAAUCGGCCUACGUUGCCGUCUUGUACGAUAGAAACCAGCCUGAGUUCGAGGCCAUUGCUGAACUCAAGGACCAUAUGGAAAUCCAGACCAAGCCUUCUAAAAAGAAGAAGACAAAGAAGGAGUCUACGCCUGACGUAGCGCUAGAUAGCACCAAGCCAGUUGAGAUUGAUAAUCUCCCGCCUCUGGAGCUUUACAGCAAGCUUUCUGGGCUCAUUACUGCCAAAAAGGUGCUGAAGACCAAGGUGCUUCGUCUUUGUGCUAGCAACGACGAUGAAGAGAACAUCAAAGAGACAUUCAGACUCUUUUCACAGAGCGACGACAGAGAAUUGCUUGUUAAGCAUUUGUUCAGCAUUGUCAGUCUGAAAGUGGCUGCAGACCCACUGAGCAAGAGCCUGCUUUCUAUCUGGCUCAAGUGGAUUCUUCUUACCCAUGGAGGUUAUAUACUGAAGCAAGACCUGCUACGGGACAACUUGAAGAAGCUUCAGAGAAGCUUUGAAGACGGUAUGACGAUGAUGUCGAGAUUGUUGGCGCUUCAGGGUCGUUUGCAGUUGCUCAAGUCGCAUGCUGAGUUCAGAAGUCAGGUUGCUGAAGCUGAAGAGCAGCAAGCUGAGCUUGACAGUGAAGAUGAGUAUGAUGAUGAAGACGAGAACACUUUGGCUGACCAGUCUGCUAACGUUGAGGAGCUGAUCGUGUAUGCCAACGGAGAGAACGACGAUUUCGAUAGUGUUGAUAAUGUCGAUGAGAGCUUUCCAGGUGAGGAGGAGAUUUCCGACGACGACUUCUUGAGCUUUGACGAGGAGGCAUAA